UGCAAAGUUCUCUCAGAUCCUCCUGUGGGCAUGUCAACCUGAUCAGUCAGCCGUCACGGCUAAAUAUGGGCAUAGUGCUUCCUGCUGCCCCACGUACUUCGCCACUAGCGCGCGCGCGUGCAUAACCACACGCAUUGGCAGAGGCGAGCGUGAACGCGCAUUCCUUACAUAUCAUCUAAAGCACGUCAGGCGUACAGGUUUCUUCUCAAAACUCGGGGCAAAGUAAAGCGAGUGGAGCAGCAGUGUGUGUAGUCUGAACAAUAAACAGAUUUAUUAUUCAUUCGACAUGAAAAGAGUGAGUAUUGAACAGCCUGUGUGAGUUAGGGUUCAGCUACUUGACAAAAAAAGUACUGCAUUGACUGAGCUGGGGAAUGGGCACAGAAGUGGGGAGGAGGGGCUGAGAGGUGCGGUGGAAGCCUUUUUUCCUUAACUCAGAUCCAGCAGGCUUUGUUUACAUGAAUGGGAAAAUGAAUGUUUGAUGUAUGUCAGUGGUCUCCACUCUGCACAUAUGAAGUGGUUUUCAUGUGCAUGCUUUACCUUUGAGAACGCCACACAAAUAGAGCCACGUGCUAUGGGCUCCAUUUACAAGCAAUGGCGUUAUAGUUUUUAUUAUUAUUAUUAUUGUUAUUGAUCUAUUGUUAGAACAUGAGGAAUCAUCUCUGUCUCUCUCUCUUUUCCGACACAGACGCACAGCAUCAUACCGUUGGUCCCUGAGGGGACAGGAAGAGAGGGGUGGCUGCUGUAGAGGCGGGUCUUUUCCGCCGGACAAUGCAAUUAUUUCAGCUUCAUUGGUCAGGAAUGCCAGAUUUCACAGGCUGCUGCCCUCCUCCAAGCACAAGUGAGUCCUGUCGCCUUUAACCUUUUCCCACCCUGACCGUUCUCUACGCGCACUACAGCGGCGCAACACUGCUGCAGCGACGGGGAACACCUUCUCCAACAGCGCGCUGACGCUUUAAGUCUCCAUGUCAGGCGAACUUGUGACAUUCUCCUCAUGCAACUCCUGCAUUCUAAAAGUGAUUUAGUCCAGUCCUACACUGCACGGUGUGGAGUUGGACUGUAUCCACGUGGAGGCCUACUGGCUCAAAGCACGGUGGUCUUCAGGGUGGACGUGUGGACAGUCCUGUUCCUGCUGCAGCUCACACUUUGUUCGUUUCUUUGAAGCACGAGAGCACCAAGUAUCCCCAAAGGCGGGUAAUGUGAAAUUUGUGAAUGGAAGAAAAAAUGUGUUCAUUGUUAAAAUUAAACUAUACAAUGACGUUCACUUGGUAUAUGGCCAAUCCCGAAGGUGAUGAGAUAAAAUUUCCACCAAUAAGGGCCGAGCCGAGCGCAGACAUGGACCAAUAGUAGUCUGGCAUGCAAAUAAGGAAUUUGUCUCGGCGAGAGCUGAAUGUCAACUAGUCAAAGAUGGAGUCCGGAGAUGGGAGGCCGUGAGGUUGCCAACAGACGAAACACCGUUUUUGUAACUGAGGAGUCGUCACGCCUCGCGGACCGUUACAGCGAUUGAAACGGACUUAUGAUGCACGGUAACAGACAGGACGUUUUCCCCCGCUAAAGUCGGCAACUUGGCUUCGUUGUGCCUCUGUGUUGAGCUGUACGGACCGGCCCUGCCUCUGCCAGGUACCGCUCUCCAGAACCCUCCGCUGCGCGACGGACGCACUGCUGCUGCGGGGCGGAGAUGGCGUGGAGCUCGCAGACAGACGUGGAUGUCGCGAGAGUCCAGAUCCAGAUGUCUUCAGGAGCAGUUGGUUCUGUUAUCAGGUUCGACCGGGUACGGGAGAUCCCACACUAUGACCAGGUUCCUGUUGGCUCCUUAUGGCGGGACCCAGAAUUUCCUCUGCCUCCAGGGCUUUUGCAUGGAACAGUGCCAGCUGUCAGCUUAGACCCCCUUCCCCCUCCACCCUUACCUGAACAACCACCUGUUGGUCCUGAAUCGUACUACCCCCCAAGCGAUGAUGAGCCAACAGAGGUCGACUGUGAUGCCAUGGACAUUAAGCCGGUGCAUCGCUUCAUCCCUGACUCUGUCAAGAACUUCUUCCGUGGCAACAGUGGUAACCGUGGCAGCAAGGGUUGGUCCACCCCCCCUCCUCCACCACGUCUACCUGCCCCUCACCCCCCUGGCACCUCAUCCAGGAAAAGUGCCAACUGCCACACCACAGGAGGAGUCCCUUGCUCACCUCCCCACUCCACCCCUCCAUCUCCGUCCCUUCCCGGAUCCUAUCGGGAUCCCUAUGGUGGCUCUGGGGGCAGCUACACCUCUGAGAAGGAGCGAGAUGGGCUGCUGCUGGGUGCUGAAGCCCUCGACUCUGCAUCUGCAGUGCCCACUAAUCUCUCAGCCCUGACCUACCAGGAGCGGGUGGAGGAGUACCACCAGCGCUAUGCCUACAUGAAAUCAUGGGCUGGCCUGUUGAGAAUCCUGGGCUGCGUGGAGCUGCUACUAGGAGCUGCUGUGAUCGCCUGCGUCUGUGCUUAUGUUCACAAGGACAAUGAAUGGUUCAAUAUGUAUGGAUACUCCCAACCACAGUUGUUUGGGGGACUUGGUGGAGGUGCUGGGGCUGGAUAUGGGGGUGGCGGUUACUACACAGGCCCCAAGACACCUUUUGUCCUGGUGGUGGCUGGUCUUGCGUGGAUAGUGACUGUUAUUCUGGUUGUUCUUGGGAUGAGCAUGUACUACAGAGCCAUCCUUCUAGACUCUUCUUGGUGGCCGCUCACAGAGUGUUCCAUCAACCUGGUCUUGGCAGUGCUCUAUUUGGCAUCAGGGAUAGUGUAUGUGAGGGACACCACUCGAGGGGGGCUGUGCUCCAUGCCGGUGUUCAAUAACGGAUUAAAUGGAGCAUUCUGUCGCACUGAGGCUGGACAGACAGCAGCCAUCGUCUUCCUCUUCAUCACCAUGGUGCUCUACUUCAUCAGUGCAGCAGUGUGUCUGAAGCUGUGGAGGCAUGAAGCAGCGAGGAUGAGGAAAGAGGGGCUGGCACAAGAGAUGAAAACUAUUGGAUCAUCUGUCCCUCUGUCUACACUGGGACCAGCCUCCAGAGGGUCAGAGCAGACUCCUCUCCCCACCAUGCAGCCAGAUAUCAUGGAUGCUGCAAACAGCUCUGCAGCUGCUUCUCUGAUGGUGCUUGAGCCUGAGAUCCUCCGAGGUCACAUACCAGCUGGACACAUCCCCAAACCCGUUGUUAUAGCCGACUAUGUGGCAAAGUACCCCAGCAUCCACUCUGACGAGGAGAGGGACCAGUACAAGGCGGUGUUUAAUGACCAGUAUGCUGAGUACAAGGAGCUACAUGUUGAGGUUCAGGCCAUGGCCAGGAAGUUUGAAGAGAUGGAUGAGAUGAUCCAAAACCUUCCCUCCCGGCCUUCCAGUCAAAUGGAGAAGGAGCGAAUCAGUGGCAUUUUAAUGGAAUAUCAGAGAAAGAAAGCUGACCCCACGUAUUUGGAAAAAAGGGAGAGGUGUGAGUACCUAAAGAGCAAACUCUCCCAUAUCAAGCAGAAGAUUCAGGAGUACAACAAGGUCAUAGAUUGACAUGACAUCAACCAAACACUGCAGUUUAACACUGCCAGUUAACACAACUUGAAUUUAUAUGUCACUAUAUAAGAAAAGAUGUAGUGGGACUGAGGUGGAAACUGAACAGGGUGUGUCCCUACCAGGCAAAAAGUGCCUUGAUUGUUGAUGAACCAUUUAACUACUGAAUAUAGAUAUGCCAAUAUUACAUUAAAAUAGAUGGACAUGCCAUCACUGCUAUUAGUAAACUGUUAGACAAACAGAAAAUGUGUUGUCACAGUUAAAAACAUCAUAGAAAUCAUUGUAGAAAUAUUCUAUAGAGUGGUAAAGGGUAACAAAAGGUGAGCUUUAACAUGGGAUUUGAUUUUUUUUUAAAUUGUAUCUUUAUUUGGAAUGGACAGAGGAGUACAUCCACAUGCCAUCAGCAGUACAGCUAAACACUAGUGCCAAAAAUUUGCGGUUUCAUAGAUAUACAUAUAUAUUCAUAUAUAUGUGGUAAAAUUCUGAUUCAACAUUUGAAAAGUUAGGUUAUUUACAUUCAUGGUCAAUAUAAGAAAGUAGUUGCAGGUAUCUAUGGAAUUUGAUCCAUUCUAAGCCAUGCUUGUCCCGCAGGGUAUCAAAGCUGCAUACAAUGUUUUUUUGGGUAAGUGCAAUGAAUGUUGUAAGACCAUACAUUGUCCAUGAUUUAAAGCUGGAGUCGUGUCUAUUGAGAGUAAAAUCUGAGUCAAACGCAAACCAUCUGAAUAUUCUCAACAUUCUAUGUAUCCCACAAGUAUUAAUUACCUUCUGCCACUUGAAGAGUGUGGUUCAACCAGGGGUUCCCCUGCUUUUCCAACUGGCAUAUUAAGCCCUUAUCCGCUAUUACAGCUUGGAUGGGGAACUGAGUUGAUAGGUUAGACUCCAGCUCCUUCCUUUAGCUAUAUAUGUUUCAUUACACCAGUAUAAAAGGGGGGCUAUCUGUGCAGCCUUGUAGUAAUUCCUUAGGCAGGAGAGACCCAGCCCUCCACUUCAACGAGUUGACGGGUGGCAUAUUUAAUCCUUGGUUUCUGGCCCUGCCAGAUAAAUCUGGAGAUCCUUUUGUCCCACUCCCAAAAUUGAUUUUCACCCACCUCUAUAGACAAAUUCCUAAAAAAGGUAAAGUAGACGUGGCAACACAUUCUUCCUGAUUGAUUUACCAAUUUACCUUGAAUUUCUUACUUAAAGUCGCAGGGGCAGUAUAGUUUAAUGUCAUCACCUGGGUUUUUGAGAUGUUGACUUUGUAACCAGAUAGCUUGCCAAAAUCACUCAAAGUGGACAUCAAUUCACUGAAUGAGCUCUCUGGUUCCCCCAGGCAGACAAGCACGUAAUCAGCGAACAUUGCUACCUUAUGUUCAACUCCUGAUAGUAUGAUGCCCUUAAUAUUUUGAUUUUGUCUAAUUAAUUGACCUAAUUAAUUAGCCUAGCACAAUAUUGCUUAUCCAAAAGCUUUCUCAGCAUCUAGACUCCCUAUAAUUACUUGAGUUUUGUCAUUCUGUAUUUGUCCUAGGAUGUGUAAUAUUCUUCUAAAGUUAUCGGUUAUUUGUCUAUGAUGCAUAAAAUCAGUCUGGUCUAAAUUAAUGAGGUCAGGCAGCAGGUUCUCCAAUCUGUGGGCAGGAAUAGAGGUGAGUAAUUUAUAGUCUAUGUUGAGAACACUAAUUGGUCGAUAAUUCCCACAUUCUCGUCUAUCUUUUCCCUCUUUUGGGAUAACUGAGAUAGUCGCCUCCCUCCAUGAAGGAGGGAUUUCUCCCUCGUGCAUAACGUAAUUAAAUGUCUUCUCCAAUAAUGGGACUAGUUCUGUCCUUAGGAUGCGAUACCAUUGAGAGCUGUACCCGUCCGGCCCCACUGCCUUUCCUGAUUUUAGUCUGGUGAUAGCUGCAUUAAUUUCAUCUGUUGAAAUCGGUUUUAUUAAAUUCUCAUUUUCUAAGUCUGAUAGUGAGGGUAGGUUCAGGUAGCUGAGAAAGGCAUCAAAACAAUCUUCCCCAGGGGCAUCAGGUUGUGUGUAAAGAUCCCUAUAAAAUACCUCAAAACAUUCCUGAAUCCUUUCCAAUUUGAUUUCCAGUAUAUUAGUUUUAGGGUUCUUCAUUUUGUAAAUAGUCCUUUCCUCCUGUUGCUUCCGUAGUUUGUAUGCCAGAUAUUUUGCUGAUUUCCCUCCUAUCUCAUAAUAUUUCUGUUUCAGAAAAGUUACAUUUUAUCUGGACCUCCUGUGUGUAAAUAUCAUUGAUUUCUCCCUGUAGUUUCCUAAUUUCCUGCUUUCUGUCCUUUGGUUCUUUUUAGGUAAGAAGUAAUAGAAAUUAAUUUGCCGCUCAUUACGACUUCAAGUGUGUCCCAAAUAGUGUCGUUGAUUUCUAGAAAUCCUUUUAUGUCUUCCUUUAUUUUAGAGACUAUGGCAGGAUCAUUAAAUAUAUAUGAAUUCAAUUUCCAUAGGGAGUUUCGUUUUUUCCUGGCCACCUGCGGAGACAUCGAGAUAGAACUAUGAUCAGAUAAGUCCCUCGUUAGUAUAUGGCAGUCUUUAAUCUUGAACCUAUCCACCUUAAAUAUAAAGAAGUAAUCCAACCUAGCAUAGACUUUAAAUGAACCAGAGUAAUGUGUGUAAUCUCUGGCAGACGGGUACAGCUCUCGCCACACCUCUAUUAUCCCCAUUUCUACCAUAUAAAUAUAUAUAAAUAUAUAAAAAAAAGUCCACCCCACAGACACCAACCGUGCCCUGUGAGUCCAUCAUUAAAUCAAAAAUAUUCCUAUAGAACCCCAAAUCCCAGGUGGGGCAUACACAUUUAAUAUUGUAAUUUCAGAACCCUCUAUCCUUCCUGUUACCCUGACAAAUCUGCCUUCCUCAUCACUGAUUUCUGAGAUAUGUUCAUAGUUAAGUGCACCAGAAAUAAGUAUAGCCACACCCCUUGUAUGUUUGGAUUUGAUAGAUGAGGAAAAUACAUAUUUAAAACCCUUCCUCUUCGGCCUCAAAUGAUCAGUUUGGUUCAUGUGUGUCUCCUGAAGUAAGGCAAUCUGGACUCUUUCUUUCUCUAAUUUAGAUGAUAUCUUAUUCAUCUUGAUUAUAUUCAAGAUCCCAUUCACGUUAAAGGAAAUCAUUUUCACUGGCUCAAUUUGCAUGGAUUUGUAUUAACUGAGAGCACAGCAUUUCCCAGAAAGCAGCAGACAGCCCUUAGAAAAGAGAAUCCCCUCCUCUUGAAAUGUGAAUAUUUACUCAAAGCUCUACACAGCAGAAUAUAUAAACUGUUACUGAAACCAUCAUUUAGAUGCAGAUGUUAGAUAUAGAUAGAUAGCAGAUGUUUUAAAUUAGUUUUAGACAGCCCUUUUAUUGACUCUUAUUUGUACAUUGAUAGUGAUAUGUUUGAUAUGUGUAUAUUGUUUUGUAGCACAUUUUUUUCUAUACUUGUAUUUAGCCUUUUUUGAUUUCAGCCAUGGAGCUAAUUCACUGUUUGACUUCCUCUUUAUUCAUGAUUGCCUAUCUUUCAUGCCACUAUAAAUAUGAAUUUGCCAUAACAAAUGUGCCACAUACUGUAUGUUUUUCUGAUCUAUACUAAGUAUACAAGAAUAGUAUUAUAAUAUAUAACAGACAGAUUAAUAAAUUGAAAUGUUAACUCUGGUUUCUCAAGAAGAAGAUUUUUGCUGUAAAAUAUUACAGCAAAAAUCUAUUUCUAGAAAAUGUAGUCAAUUAAGAGUCAAAAAUAAUCCUAAUAAUAACAACUGGUAGAAUGUCUAUAUGCAAUAAAUACUUACAGUUGUAAACAUCUAGGAGGCUUUUUUACUUCUGAAUAUACCUGUGAGAAGUGCUGUAUACAUCUAACCGUGGAAAAUGAGCAAUAUUGAGAGUAACAUGGAAGAAGUGAGCAUGUCAAUGGACAACCUGUAAAAUUGUGAGAGGCACCUGGCUGCAGACCUCCACUGUCACGCACCUACCUCCACUGUCACGCACCUCCACUGUC